UUUUGUUUCCUCUUCCUGUUUCAAGAAAAAUGGCGGCGGAGGCUGCUGGAGAAGUAGGGACGUUUUUAACUGGUGGCCUGCUGGAUUUCUCUCCGAAAGACACUUCGCUGAUAUGGCUGCAAGCUGAAGACCUUUUGUCAGAUGUUUACUUGCACCUGGCAUGUUACGUGCCAAAAGUUUAUUGCCUGGGUCCAAACCCAAAUCCUCAGAGCGAGGACAUUUUAACACAGCACCUUCUUCUUGGGCCCAUGGAAUGGUAUCUUUGUGGGGAGGAUCCUGCCACAGGCUUUGCCAAACUAGAGCAGGCUAGCAAGCCAUCCCAUCUCUGUGGACGUGUUUUCAAGGUAGGAGAGCCGACCUACUCUUGCAGAGACUGUGCAUCAGACCCAACCUGUGUCUUGUGUAUGGAGUGUUUCCUUGGAAGCAUCCAUAAGGACCAUCGGUACAGAAUGACAACCUCGAGUGGUGGAGGCUUCUGUGACUGUGGUGACACUGAAGCAUGGAAAAAAGGCCCUUACUGUCAGAAGCACAUGCUCAACAAGAGCAACAUAUCUGAGGAAGACCCACUGGUUCCGCUGUCUGAGGAUAUGGUGGCGCGAUGCUAUAACGUCUUCUCUAUCCUGCUGAAGUAUGCUGUGGACAUGCUGACUUGGGAGAAAGAUGAUGAACUGCCUACAGGUUUGCAGCCUCUAGAAAAACAUGACACCUACUACUGCAUGUUGUUUAAUGAUGAAGUGCAUACUUACGAACAGGUGAUCUACACACUGCAGAAGGCAGUUAACUGCUCACAGAAGGAAGCUGUCAGCUUUGCUACAACCGUGGAUAGAGAUGGGCGAAAGUCUGUUCGUUAUGGAGAGUUUCAGUUCUGCGAACAAGCCAAGAAUGUUAUUGUAAGGAACACCAGCAGGCAGUCAAAACCCCUGAAGGUCCAGGUGAUGCACUCAUCUGUUGUUGCACAUCAGUGUUUUGCGCUCAAAGUGCUUUCCUGGUUGGGUCAAGUGAUCAGCUACUCGGAUGGACUGCGUCGAAUUCUAUGCCAGGUCUGGUUACAGUUGAGACCAGAAGGAGAGAAUUCAUCUCUUGUGGACAAGCUCAUGCUUUGUGACUCAAAGCUCUGGAAAGGUGCAAGAAAUGUUUAUCACCAACUCUUCAUGAGCAGUCUUCUCAUGGAUUUGAAAUACAAGAAGCUAUUUGCAGUUCAGUUUGCAAAAAAUUACAGGAAGCUGCAGACAGACUUUAUGGAGGAUGACCAUGAACGGGUGGUGUCAGUAACUGCCCUGUCUGUCCAGCUCUUCACAGUGCCCACCCUGGCUCGGAUGUUAAUCACUGAAGAAGACCUCCUGACUACAAUCAUUCGCACCUUUAUGGAUCAUCUACGACACAGAGAUCCCCAAGGACGUUUCCAGUUUGAACGUUACACUGCCCAGCAGGCCUUCAAGUUCCGCAGGGUACAGAGUCUCAUUGGAGACUUGAAGUAUGUUUUAAUCACUCGGCCUAAUGAAUGGACAGAUAAGCUAAGGGAAAAGUUUCUAGAAGGUUUUGAUGCCUUUCUGGAGUUGCUGAAGUGCAUGCAGGGUAUGGAUCCGGUCACACGGCAGGUGGGACAGCAUAUUGAAAUGGAGCCCGAGUGGGAAGCAGCUUUUACUUUACAGAUGAAGUUAACGCACAUCAUUUCCAUGAUGCAGGAGUGGUGUGCCUCAGAUGAGCAGGUCUUGAUAGAUGCCUACAAAAAGUGCCUGGCACUGCUGAUUCACUGCCACAGUGGAUUCACUGAUGGAGAGCAGCCUCUUACGCUUAACAUGUUUGGUCAUUCAGUGGACACAAUACGAUACUGUGUGUCUCAGGAAAAGGUCAGCGUUCACUUGCCUGUGUCUCGUCUACUGGCAGGUCUACAUGUUCUCUUAAGCAAAACUACUGUGGCAUACAGAUUUCCAGAGCAGCUACCUCUGAGUGAAUUAAGUCCCCCAAUGCUGAUUGAGCAUCCCUUACGGUGCCUAGUUUUGUGUGCUCAAGUGCAUGCUGGUAUGUGGAGAAGGAAUGGCUUUUCCCUUGUCAAUCAGAUCUAUUACUAUCAUAAUGUGAAGUGCAGAGCAGAGAUGUUUGACAAGGACCUUUCUGUCCUUCAGGCUGGAGCUUCAAUGAUGGAUCCCAACCACUUCCUCAUGAUUGUCUUGAGUCGUUUUGAGCUGCACCUGGUCUUUAAUAAUCACCAGUAUGGCAAACGUUAUGGUAGUGAUGGGACUAACAAGGAUGUCCUGAAUCAGAAUAAUACGCUAAUUGAGGAGAUGUUGCACCUUAUUAUCAUGCUUGUUGGAGAACGUUUUGUUCCUGGUGUUGGUCACGUUGGGGAUUCCGAUGAAAUCAGACGGGAGAUCAUUCACCAGUUAUGUAUACGCCCCAUGGCACACAGUGAGCUAGUCAAGGCCUUGCCUGAAGAUGAGAACAAGGAGACAGGAAUGGAAGCAGUCAUUGAGGCAGUAGCUUACUUUAAGAAGCCAGGUCUGACAGGCAGAGGUCUUUAUGAGCUGAAGCCUGAAUGUAGCCAACAGUUUAACCUCUACUUCUACCACUACUCCAGAGCAGAUCAGUCCAAGGCAGAAGAGGCCCAGAGGAAACGAAAGAGACAAAAUGGAGAAGACCCAGCACUUCCUCCUCCAGAGCUGCCACCUUUCUGCCCAUUGUAUGCUAGCCUUGUGAACCUGCUGCAGUGUGAUGUCUUUCUUGGAAUACUAAGCAGUAUUCUUCAGUGGGCCCUGGAGCCAAACAGCUGCUCAUGGACAGAGUCCAUGCUACAAAGAGCUCUCCAUCUGAUUGGAAUGGCUCUGCUAGAAGAGAGACAGCAGCUUCAGACUGGUGGAGAAGACAUCCCUGUCACAUUUAACUUUACCAACAAGAUCUCAUGUCCAGGUGACGCUCCCGGUAAUGCUCCCAGUAUGUUGGCAAUGCUGGAAACACUGCAGAAUGUACCUCACCUAGAAGUCCAUAAAGACAUGAUUCGAUGGAUAUUGAAAACCUUUGCCUAUAUUAAGAAAAUGCGAGAGCAGACCACUUUCAGUCCAGUGUCUGAUCCUCGGAGUCUAGAUUUAGAUGAGCUGGUACAUGACAAGGACAAAGCAGAGAGGAAGCGCAAGGCUGAGAUUGCACGCCUCCGACGGGAGAAAAUUAUGGCUCAGAUGUCUGAGAUGCAGCGACACUUUAUUGAUGAAAAUAAGGAACUUUUUCAGCAAACGAUGGAUGAGCUGGAACCUUCAACCUCCUCUUCUUUGGAUCACAGUCCAAGCAUUCCUGAUGCAGUGUUGGUUGGUCUCGGACCCUGGAAAACAUGGGCUCCUGACAAAAGACAGGUAGUCACAUGUAUUCUUUGCCAGGAAGAACAAGAAAUAAAGAUGGAUGGUAAAGCCAUGGUCCUGGCUGCCUUUGUUCAAAGGUCCACUGUUAUGUCCAAAAACCGAAAGAGAACAGUGACUGACCAAGAGGAUUCUGACCCUUUGUUUAUGCUCCAGGAUCUCCCCUGUGGUACACACACGGGUAGCUGUGGACAUGUAAUGCACUCUCAGUGCUGGCAAAGGUACUUUGAUGCUGUACAGGCCAAGGAGCAGCGACGACAACAACGAUUGCGUGUGCACACUAGCUAUGAUGUGGAAAAUGGUGAAUUUCUCUGUCCACUAUGUGAAUGUCUCAGCAACACUGUGAUACCUCUUUUGCCCCUUGGUCAAACUCUCAGUGAAAGGAGCCCCUCUGAUCAUCCAAACCUAAAUCAAUGGUUCUGUUGUCUCUCCAAGCAGUUAGAUUGUCUUCACCUUGGUGACUCUCAGUGUGGACAGGACAGUUCGAAAGUUGCACCAGGGUUCAGGCCUGACAUCCUACCUCCAAAUCCUUUUUCUGCCAGUAUUACAGAAAUGCUUACUACCUUUGGGACAGCCACUCACAAGGUGGGCCUUAAGGUUCACCCAAAUGAGAAAGACCCUCGCCUUCCUCUUGUGUGUUGGGGAAGUUGUGCAUACAGUAUCCAGACAGUAGAGCGGCUUUUGUCGGAUGAGGACAAGCCUUUAUUCUGCAGUUUACCAUGUCGACAGGAUGACUGUUUGAAGUAUCUGACAAGGUUUGGGGCUGCGUCCUGGAGAGUAUCAUCUCUGUCAGUGGUGCAGAAUCACUUCAUUAGGUUGCUUGCAGCACUGAUGCCAAAUGCCCAUGUGGAAAAGUCUCCUGGAAUCUUAGAUAUUGAUAUGUUUCACCUGCUGGUCAGUCUCAUUUUGUCGUAUUCAUCUGUGCACUGUCAAGACUUCUCGGGUCACAGCCUUGCCACCGGGGAGCUACACCUUUUUCAUUUGGUGACAAUGGCUCACAUUGUACAGAUUGUUCUUACUUCUGCACCAGGACUUGGUGCUAUGGAGCAGGACGUUGGAGGUGGUGGAGAAGGUGUAGAUGAGGAAGUGGCAUCGGAAUCCUUGUUUUGUUUACUUAGGCAGUACACAGGAAGUGCCUUAAGGGAGAAUGUUUCAGGAUGGCAUCUAUGGCGCUGUAUAAAAGCUGGAAUAAUGCCCUAUCUACGCUGCUCAGCAAUGUUUUUCCACUAUCUUAAUGGUGUGAAACCCUCUCCAGAAUUACUAGGUCAUGAUGCUUGCCAGUUUGAGCAACUAUGCCGGUAUCUGUGCCUCCCAACCAACCUUCUUCUGUUGUUUGAGAGCAACAGUGAGCUGUUGAGCCCCAUCUUUCAGAGAUGGUGCAGUCAUCCUGAGACACAGAGCCAUUUACUCUGUCACAACGUAUCUUUAAGCUAUCCCAGGGAAUCCAAUCACCUGGUACCUCUUCCUGAAGACUACAGUUCACUUAUUAACCAGGCAUCUAGCUUUACGUGCCCCAAGUCUGGUGGGGAUAAGAGUCGAGCCCCAACGUUAUGCCUGGUAUGUGGUACAAUGCUUUGCUCUCAGAGUUACUGCUGCCAGACAGAGCUGGAUGGUGAGGAUGUUGGAGCCUGCACAGCUCAUACCUUCACCUGUGGGGCUGGUGUGGGCAUUUUUCUCAGGGUACGGGAAUGUCAGGUGCUGUUCCUUGCUGGAAAGACAAAAGGCUGCUUCUAUCCACCUCCAUAUCUGGAUGAUUAUGGAGAGACAGAUCAGGGGCUCAGACGUGGCAACCCACUCCAUCUUUGUCAAGAGCGCUAUCGCAAGAUAGAGAGGCUGUGGCAACAGCACAGUAUCACAGAAGAGAUUGGCCAUGCACAAGAAGCUAAUCAGACGCUAGUGGGCAUUGACUGGCAGCACUUGUGAAAGCGCUGAACUGAACAAGGCAUUUGAACUGCACUUGAAAUCUGGAGAGAUCAUGAUGAUGUGCCCUCCUGCAGUGAUACCUAGGGCAGUAUGCUGGAGCUGCAGCGCCACAUUUGACAGAUUUGUGGUCUUUUGCCAUUUGAUUGUGCCUGGAGUUGCUGAAUGCAUGUUGGUUUUAUCUGUUUUAUGGCAUUGGAUUUUUUUUUUAAAUCCCUGGACUUCCAUUCACGUGCAGAGCACCCAGCACCCGAUAUUGCUGGGAAGGCCUUACGUUCCUCUUCCUCAUUGUGUGAUAAUGGGACAGAUGAGUCAGAGCAGUGAAAAAAUUAAUAAAUUUCUAAUUUUUUCUCACAGUA